CGGCGGGUUCCACUAUUGCAUCGAGGACCGUCACCGGGAGUGAGCUGGGAGAGAGAGAGAGAGAGAGCUAGACGAAGCUGAAUCCCCUUCUCAUCUGUUCUCAUCUGGUGUGUGUCAGCGUAGCAAGGGCUGGGCAUCGCGGGUUUGUGUUGCGAGCGUGUGACCAUGUCGUUGGCGAAAAAGAGCAGAAGGGCGGUUCGUGCUUUCACGAGGCUGAUGCGCCGUAUCGUGAAGUGGCUGCUCCGCAAGCUCACGGCGCAGUCAGAGAUCGGGAGAAUACUGCGGAGCGAUGGUCACUCCAGUGAGCUCGUGCAGGUAAUUGCACAAUCGAUUGGAAGGAGCUCGAGCACGGAAAUGGAACGGGUGAAGAGAGCCGUGUUAGGAAAGGCCCCUUUCGAUGUCACGUCAACUUGUGACGAACUCAUGGCGGCGAAGGCGAUCGGCGAUGAGCACAAGCCUCGGUUGACAUGGUGUCUGCAGGUCCUCAACAUCGUCAACAUCAUCCAUGAGAAGGUUGAAAGUCUCCAACACACUAACUACGACCCGGACGACGCGACGCACGUUGCUCUCCUCGAGACACUAUGGACCUCCCUACAACCUGAUGCGCGUCGCACGGAUGGUUGGGCCCCCCUAGGAUUCCAAAAUGGAGACAAACCAGAAACGGAUUUUCGCGGAAUGGGUUUGCUAGGUCUGCACCAGCUCGUGUUUUUCGCAGAGGCACGGAAUCGGGAGGCGCUCUGCAUACUGGCGGACUCAAUCAACCCGAAGCGAUACUUCCCCUUCGCUGCCGCAGGGAUCAACAUUACCGCCUUCACGACAACCAUGCUCGAGCAGAGGCGCCUCGACACCUCGCUGUACGAAGCUAUUGUAAAACACAUGCCUGCGGGAACACUACCAGUGGAUGAGGAAAUGCUUGUGGCAGCAGGUCUCACCGGCUUCAAUCAUGUUUACGGAGACGAGUACGUGGAGUUCUCCCGCUUCUGGCACGAGUCGGAGCCCGACAGCACAAUGGCGUUCCCCGGCAUUUUUGGGACGAUCAAACAGCGAUCAAACGCGAGAUAUCCACCUCUGGUGGAUGCGGACUGAGUGACUGGUUGAUGGUGACAAGUCCGCAGUUUCUUUUGCAUUGUGUGCAUUUCCCGUGAUGAAACAGUUUUCGAUUUCUGAUGAUAUUGUUGCGGCGCACUCGAAUGCUGUAGUUCAACAACCGUGUACGGGUGUUAGCUGUAUCCUGUAGUAAGGUUUUCUGUAUCUGUCAUUUCCGUCUUCCCUAGCGCGAGUGGUGUGAGGCAGGUGCCAUCAUAGCGUGCACCCGACAGUACGUUGAAUGCAGUUCGUAUUUAGUGUGGUAUGAAUGCUAAAACAUUUUUUUCCAAGUGCUCUCCUUGCCAUUUCUCCACCCGAAUUUUUUUGUGCGAAUGGAUUUUUCCCCCUCUUUCGUGGGCGAGGAAAGCACUCGCUUGGAAGUUGACUGUACGGCGCUUCUGUGGUGAAGCUGCAAGUGUAAACAAUUGUCACUUACUUCUAUUUAAUAUGGUAUUAUUCCUGUGUUUGCCUCGACUAUCGAAGUUAAAUAGAUCCGAUUUAGUCCAGGUGUAAGAGUGCCGUUUUAAGAGUGGGGGAAAAGGAGACAACAGGGGCCCGCGUUGGCUAUCUUUUUUUGAGGUUCGUUGAUAUCGUGUUUACAAGGGGCUGGUAUAUAGUAGCAUUACGAUAUGGAGUUGUGAGUGCGUUGCAGUAGUGACAAUAGUAUGAAACAACUGUUCCCGUCGGUAUGUGUUUUCUUGGUUUUGGGCGAGAAGGUGUGUGCGAUGAGGUGGCUUCAAGGCAAAGCUUGUUAGGUUCACCACAGGUAGUUUUUUCGGCAGUGUCAUGAUACAGUAUUUGUUCAAAGAAAGCAGCGAUCCGGACCGCAGUCGCCUGGUUGAUUAUUUUGAGUCUUCUUGUUGAAUGGACCCUUUUGGAGGAGAGGUGCCGCAAAGCACUAGGCACCAUUUGUGGGUAUAGCUCUCAGUUAUUGCCUUUUGCCGCGGGAGGCCGAAGGCUUUCUUGUGUUGUGUGCAUAUCGAGUUCCAACUCCAGUUGUGGUGAAGGGAGGCGGUGUUGAACAACUCCUUCUUCGUGGAAUCGAAGAAUUAUUUUCUUCAGCUGUCCAAAAGGUAUAAACCAGCAGUUGCUAGUUGUGGUCGGCGCCAGUAUUUUGUAGCUUGCCAUUAGAAGUAGUAUUUUGUAGCUUGUGACAACCUCGGCUCCGUCAAUAGGUGAGCGGGCCCACCCGGUGUGUUGUAGAUUGUACCUGACUUUCUCAAGUCCACAUUCAAGCAGCAUUUUGAAUGGUGA